AUGCUAACAACUAUAAUAAAGCUAAUUGACUGGAUAGAAUUUAUUUAUAAAAAUUACAUUUGCAUUCUUAUUAGAGUUGAAUUUUCUGAAUUUACUGACUUAGAGAUAGUAUUUCAUCAAAUUGAUGAUCCACUGGAUGAACAUUUAACCCCGUAUAAAAGAGAACGAAAUGAAAGAAUUCCAGUUGCACUUAAACGACUUCAUAAUUCUAAAUCUGUUUCAAAAGAAUUUUUGGAUGAGCUUAAAGCACAUCAUAGAUGUGCAAUAUAUGGAAUGCGGUUUCUCAAAUGUUAUGGAAUUAGUAGACAUCCAGAAAGAAAUGAUUUGGUCAUGGUUAUGCAAUUCGCUAAAGGUGAUGAAACAUUAGCCAUAGAUAUUAUUAAAUAUAAUAGACGUCCUAGAGUACCAGAAGGAACACCAAAUUGUUAUCGUGAUUUAAUGGAAAGGUGCUGGGAUGGUAAUAAGGAUAACCGACCUAAAGUUCAUAAAAUCAAAUCCAUUCUGGAUCAAUGGCGUCAUAACCCUCCCUAUAGUGUUCUUCAAGAAUUUAGAGAAAGUGACAAAUUACCUAAGGUGCUUCCUUCUGAUGAAGAAAUAGAUAUGAAUGAACCUUCUCACAAUGCUGCUCCUAUACAUACUAGGGCGAUUAACACAGCUAUCGAUACUUCUGUUAGAAAUCAUGACGAAUUUCAAGGAAAAUCUAAUUUAUAUACUGGAACCUCUAUUGUAGAUCCGGGGAUUAAUUAA